UCUCGAUUCUGUUCUCCGUUUAAUUCGUCGUUUGUGCGUUCCUUUACAUCGCGGAUAUCACGAACGGAGAAUUUCGCGGAAGGGAAAGCGGAAAUCGUAAGCCGAAAGCGUUUUGCAAAUACUCUUGAUUCCUCGUCUGAGAUCGCAAGUUCUCUCAGUCGGGACGAGCGGACUCUUACUCGCGUAAGAGCGAGAUUCGAAGAGAGCUUAUCAGCCGAUCAUAUAUGCGUUACAUUAGGAAAACGAGCAAAAUCAUUCAGCUGCAAUUUCGCACGUUCCUACCGGAAACUGGCACUCGCGACUAAGCUCGCGAUCAGGCAUUAAAAUUUUCCGCCGCCCGCAUAGAUCUUCUCGAGAAUCGGGUGAUCCGUCCCACGUUUUGAAGAAAGCCAUCGAGUGAAAAUGCGGCCGCAUCUUUUCGUUCUAUUUCUCUUCCUGUCGGCGUCAUCUGCGGAGCAGCGGCACGUAAAAGAUGAGGAGAAAUGUCGCGCGGAGCAUCCCACCUUGCUCUAUUAUUUCUCAUGGGCGGAUUACACGGUACUCGCUACGAUGCUGUUGAUCUCGUGUCUGAUCGGUACCUUCUAUGGCUUUUUCUCGAAGAAGCAGGAAACUAGCGAGGACUUUCUGUUGGGCGGCUCCACCAUGGGCACGUUUCCCACAGCAAUGUCGUUAGCCGCCACCUUCAUCACGGCCAUCGAGUUAUUGGGAAAUCCUGCAGAGAUGUAUAAACAGGGUACUCAAUUCUGGAUGACUUGUCUCUCUUUCAUUCUCGUGGUACCGAUCACCUCCCGUUUGUACCUGCCAGUGUUCAUGAAAUUAAGGCUGACUUCGAGCUACGAAUAUCUACAUCUGCGCUUCGACAAGAAUUGCCGAUUGCUCGCAAGCGUAUUGUACAUGUUGCAAAUGGUGUUGUAUACAUCAGUGGCUGUGUAUGCACCUGCAUUAGCAUUAAGUCACGUCACGGGCCUGAAUACUUAUAUAGCCGUCACUCUAGUCUACGUAGUCUGCAUUUUUUACGCCUCACAGGGUGGUAUGAAAGCUGUAAUAAUGACCGAUACCUUUCAAGCCGCUGUUCUUAUCGGUUCGUUGUUCCUGAUUUUGGGCUACGGACUGUCUUGGGCGGGUGGAAUCGCAGUCAUUUGGGAAGAGAACGCGAAAUCCGACAGGAUAGAAUUUUUCAAUAUGAAUCCUAAUCCUACAGUACGGCAUAGCUUCUGGAGUGUUGUGAUCGGUGGUACUUUCUACUGGGCCACCAUGUUCUGCAGUAACCAGGCGGCAGUCCAGAAAUAUCUCAGUGUUGAGAGCAUUUCGCAAGUAAGAAUAGCAUUGUGGGUAUCUUCGUUCGGCAUGAUCGUAAUUUAUAGCGUGAACUUUUUGACUGGAAUGGUGCUCUAUAGCGCCUAUAAAGACUGCGAUCCUUUGGCAGCCGGAUAUAUAAGCGGCCAGGAUCAAAUACUUCCGCUGUAUGUAAUGAAUUUUUUCGGGAGUCUUCGUGGGACACCCGGAUUCUUCGUGGCUGGUAUCUUCGCUGCGUCUCUCGGAACUGUAGCGAGUGCUUUAAACUCAUUGGCAGCGAUAACCUGCGAAGACAUUCUUCGCGGACUCUUCCAAAUGGAUUUGCCGGCAAGUAAAGGCACCGUUUACGCCAGAUGGAUCAGCAUAUUUUUCGGAGGUCUCAGUUUCGCACUGGUUUUCGUCGUCGAGCGUCUCGGGAGUGUCCUGCAGGUUGCAUUGUCUUUCAAUGGAAUGGUAGGGGGUGUAACCCUAGGACUGUUCUCUUUGGGCAUGUUUGUGCCAUGGGCUAAUGCUAAAGGAGCAAUAGUAGGUGCUAUCACGAGUUUGAUAGUCGUGCUGUGGAUCGGAUUAGGCGCUCAAGUUGCGGCUGUAAAUGGACAGAUCCAAUUGGAUAGCAAGCCCAUAUCGAUCGCAAGCUGCCCUUGUAUAAACGAGACCACAAUCACGUUCAAUCAAUUCGAGCACAACAGAGACGAUGAAGUUUCGUCUAUAUAUAAGACCAGUUAUCUGUGGUACAGCGCAAUCGGUUGCAUAUUGACCAUGCUACUGGGUCUGGUAGUGAGUUUCGCGACGGGCGCGCAGAAUCCUGCCGAUGUCGAUCAGGAUCUUCUGAGUCCACCGAUCGCGACCAUGUUCCGUAUGCAGACAAAGCCUUGCGUCGCCACAAAUGUCCAGGGGAUCGCGAACUUUGGACUGGAAUUGGAGGACGAGAAACCACGACAAGUGGAUACUUGCAAGAGUCCUAAGUGAGCGCGUGCGCUCACGAGAGAAGAAGAGAAUCAUCAAUAAAACUGCGCGAAUCGAAAAAUAUCGAUCGUCGAAAUGCGAGCGAUAACGAAAGCGAGCAGUCGAGUUGGCAAGAGAGUAGUAUCGGUAAAUAUUUUGUCGAAUGUUCAGAGCGGAAAAUGUGACAUGAAUAUUCUUCCUUGAGAGCUCGUCUUGAAAAGGACAUAAAAUCCAUUUCUGGACACAGAAAUUUGACAAAGACAUUGUUGUACAAAGACAUUUAGAGAAGAUCCGGAUGUCUUUCAGACUUGUGGGUUGUUUUGAACUUGUUGAAUAGCAAGCCUGUUUCUAUCGUAAUUUCACAAUCUUUUCUUAUCAGUAUUAAAGAGUAAGUUUAAAAAAACAAUUAGAUAACUAUUGUGCAGGACACAGUCUAUUUUCCUAUUCGCGUACCUAGUGGGAAUAAUCCCAGGGUUCUGCAAUCUAUAUCGCAAGGAUUAAUCCAAUUAAUCUCGCGAUUAAUUAAUACAAAAAUAAUUUGAGACAAUUACAGAGAGUUUUAUUUCUUCUAACACUUUUACGUUUUUCUUCCUUCGUAAAGUAGUCUGAGAACAACUGACUGACAAAAUAAUAGCAUUGCAGCGCUUCGGAAUUUAUUCCCAAGGAAAUAUAUCAUGACAAUAAGAAAAAUGCGGAAGAAUUAUGAAUUUUUUAUUAUCGAAUUUGUGCAUGGAUUCAUUGCAAUGUAAAUUGCAAAUGCAAAAUCGCGCGCGAAAAAUAUAUCGCUUGGAUGCAUUAUUUAUAACACUUUGACUCACGCAAUUUGACUUGCCUAACUAAUUCUCCAUACAAAUGCGAUAAUAAAGGUUUAGAGAUUACGUAUUCCGCGUAUAUUUAUAUAUUUUACAUUAUACUUGCUGUUAAAUAACUAUAAUUUGAUAUUACAAGAAAAUUAGAAGAAGAUUAUUUAACUUUCUCUUUUUAUUUGAAAAGGAAUUCAUGAAUCAAUUCUACUUUCAGAAUUAUCUAUCAUUUUAUACCUUAUGCGUUGUUCUGCUUUAGGAAUUCUUAGGUUUUAUGCAGACGAAUAUCUCAACAGGCAGUAAACAUGUUUGACUAUUCUGUUGUGUUUUUAUUUCUGCUUUUGCAUAAUUUAUUAACGAGGCAGCGUGUUCUGCGAACAUUCUACAAUCGCGGAGAUAAGUAGAGAUAAGUAUUGAAAUAUUAUUAGCCUCACACUUAUUUUUUCCUGUAAAUACAUGUAAAACAAUAAAUAUAAAUUUAAUGGUGUAAAA